AUGCCCCACUAUACCCUUAUUGACUCCGAGGACUUGGUCGUUGUCGUCCCUGGUUGCGACAGCGGCUUCGGUGCGGAAAUACUCAACGACCUCUACCAGCGUGGCGAUUCCACUAUCUAUGCGAUUUGCCUGACUUUCCAAGCUGUUGAAAAGUACCAAGCCAAGGAUCACCUCUGUGGCCAAAUUGAAUCCAAGUGUCUCCAAGGCGUCUAUUGUGUCCUCAACAACGCCAGAAUUAAUAUCGGAGGUCACUUUGACCUGACGGCAAAGGAUGCCUUUGAGCGUAUGAUGGAUGUCAACUACAUGGGCGUCAUCUGCGCCACCAAGGCCCUACUCCCGUCCCUCAGCGCCUACGCAAAUUCCCGCCACACUCUCCCCGAUGGCCAAAAGCUCCCUCGUGCCUGUCUCAUCAGUGUAACCUCAGUCGCCGAUCGAACCAAUGCCUCCGGCCUGGGACCUUACAGCGCCUCCAAACACGCAGCCCAGUCGAUCCUCGAUACCCUCCGCGUUGAACUCUCGCCUUGGGAGAUUGACGUCUCCAUGAUCGAGCCCUUCUUUGCCAAGACACCCAUCAUGACCAACAGUUUCACGGCCUUUGAGCAGAACUGGAAGAGAGCUGACGAUUGCGUCCAUGCGAUGUACGGACCAGCGUUUGUCGAGAGUGCUCGCAAGCAGAACCAGUUCUUAUAUGAGAAGGCCAUACCUCAUCGAUGGGUCGUCCAGGCGGCUGUGAAUGCGAUUCGCAAAAAGAAUGGAACUCAAACGUCCAGGACCUUGGUUGGGUUCUGGUAUGUCCGGUUCUUGGUCUGGUUCUUGAAGAGGGCUCCUGAGUGGGUGGUUGAUGGGAUGUUGCUUUCGAGUAUGAGGAAGUGUGGGUCCUAG